GCCACUUGGACAUUAUUCAUCUCAUUACGAUACUGUAGUUAUACUGCGUCGCUGACCAACUAUCGCUAAAAGCCUUCUCCUUUUUCUAGGGCUUUGAUAUUCUCAAAAUGUCGCGCCUAAAGGCCCCGGCAAACCUCCAUGAACUCGUCAGAGCCACCUUCUCCAAGGCGCUGUCCGCAAAUGAGCUUCAUUAUUUCCCUACUCAAGUCACCAUCUUACAUGUCAACUCGAUCCCUUUCCAGCUGCGCUUCUCUCCAUCCCUCGCAAAUAAACCCAAAGGCCCUCCGCCAGACCCGUCGCAGCCUCGCAAGCCGCCCUUUGACCCUUUUGCCAAUCCUCCCGCCUCUCUUUUCAUCACUGAUCUGGGCCCAUCCCAUUUUCUUGUUCUGAACAAAUUUGCCGUUGUGCCGGAGCAUUUCAUUCUCGCGACGAAGGAGAACAAGCCGCAGACUCAUGUGCUCGAGGAAUCCGACCUGGAGGCCGCGCUUGCGUGUAUCGAGGCUUACGAGCAGGCGAGGCAAUCAAGCAGCCGUGAUGCAGGAUCCGCCUCUUUAGGAGAGAAAGGAUCACAGGAUGAUGGACUGUUCGCGUUUUUUAAUGGAGGACCUGAUUCCGGAGCGAGCCAGCCCCACAGACAUCUUCAGUUGCUGCCAAUCUCUCGGAUGAAGGAUGGCCUAGAAGACCAAACUGCCUGGGAUGUGCUCGCACAGCAAGUCGAUGCACUGCAGAAAACUCCGUUUGUUGCUUUCUCCGAAUCUAUCAACACGAAAAUGUCCUCUGCAGAUCUCUUUGCCGUCUACUCUCGCGUCUACACAAAAGCUUGCCAGGCAGCCGCCCAGGACGCCGGAUCCAAGAUAGAAGCGGUUCCUACGACGGGCGAAGCCCUAAUCAGCUACAACAUGGCCAUGACAAAGGACACAUUAGUCAUAUGCCCUCGGAAACAGGAAGGCUCCGAGAUCAAAAGCAGCGAUGGGCACGAGGCUGUUGGAUCACUCGCUUUGAACGGCACAGUCUUGGCUGGUACGGCACUGGUGAAAAACGAGGCUGAGUGGGAGGCAUUGAAGAAGAGCCCAGAGCAGCUACUUGCUGUGCUAAGCAGCAUCGGUAUCUCACGGGGCGAGGCGGAAGAAGGUCAGAAUAAGCUGUAGAAAGCGUUUACCGUUGAAAGACCAGUAUUAGACACAAAUAUAAAGAGGCCAGUAAAGAAAAAAGAAAAAAAAAGCAAUAAAGAAAGAGACUAUUCUGUAAAAUGAACUAAGAGAUGAAACUCGGAAAGUCCAUAGUCUAUGGGUAUCGUAGCCCAAUGCGCCUUUAGCAAAUGUGAAAUGCC